AUGGAGCAGGGCAUGGCUGAAAAGCCAGACAGCAAAGCGUCACCCCAAGCCAAUCAAGAGUCGACCUCAAAUGUUGAUACCAAUGCCGCUCCUCAGCGAGAACCGACUUUUCAAGACUACCUCCGACUGUUCAAAUAUGCCAACAAUUGGGACUUUCUAGCCUACGCUGCUGGCACGGCGGCCGCCAUUAGCUCUGGCGUGACUGUACCCUUGCUCAAUGUCGUGUUUGGCAAAUUUGCUACCCAGUUCUCCGCCUAUGCCGGCACCCAAACACUCGAAAAGGGCCAGUUUCAAGGAGAGCUGAACAAACUUUCCCUUUACAUGCUCGGGCUCUUUCUUGGUCGCUUUGUGCUCAGCUACAUCAACAAGCUCGCGUUUCGCAUGAUUGGCAUUCGAAUCUCCUCCGCCCUUCGCCAGGAUUUCCUCACAGCUUUAUUCUCACAGAGCGUCCACGUGUUGGACUCGAUGCCUCCUGGAUACGCAACUACCGUCAUCACUACCGCCAGCAACACCGUGCAGCUUGGCAUCUCUGAGAAGCUGGGUGUUUUCUUCGAAUUCAACGCUACAAUGAUUGCUUCCAUCAUCAUUGCCUUUAUCUAUAGUUGGCAGCUUUCUCUGGUUACAUUCACAGCCGUUGUAUUCAUUCUUGUCAGCGUCGGCAUACUUCUUCCGCCCAUUACCAAAGGCCAGACACGUCAAAGUCAGUCUGAUACCAAGUCAGCUUCUAUUGCAAGCGAGGCUCUUGGUAGCCUAAAAAUGGUCGUAGCCUGCGGCGCCGAAGGUCGGAUUGCCAGCAAAUACGGCAAAUUCGUCGACGAGGCCAGAAAACAUGCACAAAAUAUCAAUCCCUUGAUUUCAAUCCAAUUUGGCCUGAUUUUCUUCAGCAGUUAUGCCGCUUUUGGACUGGCCUUUUGGUACGGCACUAAACUAUUGGUCGAGCACAAGAUUGACGAGCUUGGAGCCAUUAUCAUUGUGUUAUUCUCUGUCAUGAUGAUUGUGGCUUCAAUGGAGCGAACUUCAACGCCACUUCUGGCAGUAAGCAAGGCCAUGGUUGCCGCUUGCGAGUUCUUCACUGUCAUUGACGCCCCAAGACCCGAACCUGGCCAUCUCACAUAUCCAAAAAUAUCUCCAAAUGAGGACCUUGUAAUGGAGAAUGUGACUUUUGCUUAUCCAAGUCGCCCACACGUCAAAGUUCUCGACAACCUUAAUUUGACGAUUGAAAAGGGCAAAGUGACGGCGAUUGUUGGGGCCUCUGGCUCUGGAAAAAGCACAAUUGUCGGUCUUGUCCAACGGUGGUACAAUCUCAAGAACCAACAAGUCUUCCCCAAAAUCAUCGACAAGACGAAGAAGCAAAGCAACGGCGACAAGAACAGUGAAGAUGGUCAAGAGUCACAACCAAUCCCUGGCGCAGAUGAAGACGCUGGCCCACCAAUUGAACUUCACGGGACUGUUUCUACGUGCGGUCAUUCCCUGGACGAUAUCAAUAUCAAAUGGUGGCGGGCGCAAAUUGGCCUUGUUCAGCAGGAGCCCUUUCUCUUCAACGACACCAUCUUUACAAAUGUUGCCAAUGGUCUUGUCGGAACCAAAUGGGAGAACGAACCAGAAGAAACGAAAAGGGAAAUGGUCAAGAAAGCCUGUCAAGAAGCCUUUGCCGAUGAGUUCAUUGAGAAACUCACAGUAGGCUAUGACACGCCUGUUGGUGAAGGUGGCGCAAAACUCUCUGGCGGUCAGCGUCAGCGCAUUGCCAUUGCCCGCGCCAUUGUCCGUCGACCUUCGAUUCUUAUCCUCGACGAGGCCACCAGUGCAAUUGAUGUCCGAGGCGAGAAGAUUGUCCAGGCAGCCCUAGACAAGGCUUCAAAGAACAGAACCACCAUUGCAAUAGCCCAUCGUCUCUCCACCAUCAAAAAGGCAGACAGGAUUGUGGUGCUGAGGCAAGGGCAAGUUGUCGAAUCGGGUACACAUGAAGGCCUCCUAGAGGACAAAAACGGUCUUUACUACAGCCUUGUUCACGCUCAAGCACUCUCCAUGGAAGAAUCUGCGGAGCCCGACGAUUUCCAAGCCAAGGAAGAGCCAGCAUAUCUUGCACGUGAAAAGAGCCGUGCUGGAUCGGAGAGGGCAGGGAAACCAAUAAAGAAGAAGUGGAAGACCAAGAGCAUCUUCUCCAGCUUUGGUCGGUUCUUUUACGAGACUCGGUCAAACUGGUGGAUGAUGGCUCUCGCUAUUUUCUUUUCUGCUUGUGCCGGCGCCGCUAUUCCGUUUCAAUCUUGGCUCUUUGCCAAGGUCAUCCUUGUUUUCAGUUACUUUCCAGAUACUGCCAAAGUCCGACACGAGAGCGGAUUUUGGUCGCUGAUGUGGACUGUCUUGGCCAUUGCUGCUGGCAUCAGCUACUUUGCCACGUUUUUGUUUGCCAAUCGUACUGCUAGCACCAUUCGUGCCAAAUACCAAAAGCAGUACUUUGCGUCAAUCUUAUAUCAGCAUUUCUCUUUCUUCGACGACGAUGAUCACUCUCAAGGUACCAUGACAGCUCGAAGCUCGAGUGAUCCCCGUCAGCUAGAAGAACUGCUAGGCAUCAACAUGGCGAGUGUCUUUAUUGCAAUCUGGACCCUCACUGGGACCAUUGCCAUUGCAUUCGCGUUUGCUUGGAAGCUGGCGCUCGUGUCCUUUUGUGUCGCCGUCCCGAUUCUGCUUGGUACUGGCUACUGGCGUUUUCGCUACGAACUUCAGUUUGACGAAAUGAACAAUGCCGUCUUUGCAGAUAGCUCUCAAUUUGCGUCGGAGGCUAUAGGAGCGUUCCGGACGGUGGCGUCUCUCACGCUUGAGGAUGCGAUUUGCGAUCGGUUCCGCAAGCUUGCUCAAGGUCAUGUCGCGGAUGCGUACAAGAAAGCUCGCUUGGUGACGUUGUUGUUUGCGUUUUCUGACAGCGCGACGAUUGGGUGUCAGGCAUUGGUGCUGUAUUAUGGUGGUCGCCUUCUUCUCAACGGCGAAUUCAGCCUGCAGAGCUUCUUUGUGUGCUUUAUUUCCGUUUUGAAUGCGGGUGAGACGACGGGACGGGCGCUUAGCUUUGGUCCCAAUGUCGCCCAAGUCAGUGGAGCGGCCAAUCGUAUUCUGAGUCUGAGGGAGAGUCAAGUAAAGGAUGACCCUGCAGCUGCCGGCAAGCUUUUCGAGUCUGGUGGCGACGGCAUGAAGAUUGAAUUGGAGAAUAUCACCUUUAAAUAUCCUACGCGCGACGUACCAGUCUUCAAGGGACUCAGUCUCACAGUCGAAAAGGGACAGUUUGCAGCCCUCGUGGGUGCAUCGGGAUGUGGCAAGUCGAGUAUUAUUUCUCUGCUUGAACGGCAAGUCAAGCCAACUGGGUUUCUACGGGAUACACUGACUCCUAAUGCUGAUGCUUUCUCUUGCAGCUUCUACGAGCUCGAUAACGGUCGUAUCCUCUGCAACGGCCAGGACAUUGCCACGAAAAACGUCUAUGCAUACCGCAGCCAUCUCUCGCUGGUGGCACAGGAGUCGAGUUUGAUCCAAGAACUGACCAUUCGUCAAGGCACAAUCCGUGAAAACAUUCUCCUCGGGGUCGACGAACCCGCCGUCACGGAUGAAGAAAUCUACCAGGCAUGCCAGCAAGCAUCCAUCCACGACUUCAUCGUGUCGCUGCCAGAGGGAUACAACACCGAUAUUGGCUCCCGCGGGGUGUCGCUCUCUGGCGGGCAGAGGCAGCGCGUGUCCAUUGCGCGCGCCCUCAUCCGCAACCCGGACAUUUUGCUGCUCGACGAGGCCACCAGCGCGCUCGACUCGGAGAGCGAGAAGCAGGUGCAGGUAGCGUUUGAGCGCGCAGGCAAGGGGCGCACGAUGCUUGCCGUCGCACACCGGCUCGCCACGGUGCAGAAUGCAGAUGUCAUAUUUGUCCUCGGCGAGGGCGAGCUGCUUGAACAGGGCACUCAUCAGGAGCUGCUUGCCAAGCGAGGGAUGUACUGGCAAAUGUGCCAGAGCCAAGCGCUCGAUCGCUAG